AUGAAAGUUGAGUUUGCUCCGCUGUCUGUGCCACUUCAGAGAAGGCUUCAGACAGCAUCAGUGGUUCAAUGGGUCUUCAGCUUCCUAGGUCUAGCACAGUGCUGUACUGCUGCCUUCAUCGCCCUCUUCUUCACUCGUUUUUGGCUGGUCAGUGCCCUCUAUGCUGCAUGGUGGUUAAUAGACAGGGAGAAACCCAGAAAGGGUGGGCGACGGAUCCCCGUCUUCCGGAACUGCAUCGUUUGGAGGUACAUGAGGGACUAUUUCCCUGUCACGUUGGUGAAGACAGCAGAGCUGGACCCUCGGCAGAACUACCUGGUGGGAUUUCAUCCCCACGGAGUCCUGGCAACUGGAGCCUUUAUCAAUUUCUGCACAGAGGCAUCUGGCUUUUCCAUACUCUUCCCAGGCAUCACUCCUCACCUGAUGAUGCUUUCCCUGUGGUUUCGCUUCCCGUUCUUCAGGGACUAUGUGAUGAGUGGAGGCCUCAUCCCCUCUGACAAGGAGAGUGCAUCCUACGUGCUGCAGAAGCCAGAGGGUGGGAACUUGCUGGUCAUCAUUGUUGGUGGGGCACAGGAGGCCCUGGAUGCCCAUCCAGGAUCCUACACCUUGCUGCUGAAGAACAGGAAGGGAUUUGUGCGCCUGGCCAUCCAGCAUGGCACGCCCCUGGUCCCUGCCUUUUCCUUUGGGGAGAAUGAUGUCUUUGAUCAGGUGAAGAAUCCCAAGGGCUCCUGGCUGAGGAAGAUUCAGCAUUGCCUCCAGCAGAUCAUGGGCAUCUCCCUUCCCCUCUUCCAUGCACGAGGCAUCUUCCAGUACAGCUUUGGGGUGAUACCCUACCGACGGCCCAUCUGCACUGUGGUUGGGAAGCCAAUUCCAGUGCAGAAGAAGCACAGACCCUCUGAUGAAGAAGUUGAUGAAAUCCAUCAAAAAUACCUAAAUGCGUUGUCCGAGCUCUUUGAGAAGCACAAAGCUAAAUACAAUGUCCCAGAAGACAGCCACCUGGAAUUUAUAUAGAGUGCCUAAGCGAGGUGAAACCAUGGAGAUCAAGCUCCAAGUUUUCUCCUUCACUGGAACCACUUCACAACCUCAACAUAGUCACACUUAACACAUAGUCUGUAUAGCAUAGGGAAAACAACUUGAUUUUCCCAGUAAUGCAUGGGUGUAGAGCCAGUUUUUCUUUUUUUUCUCCAUGUAGAACACAUACAAGAUAAAAAAGAGAAGAAAAACAUCCCA